CAACACGGUACAAAGGGGAAGAGGCUGCAAGAGACAUGGUGUCGGAGCCAGGUGCAAACGGCUUUUGCACGACUGAUUUAUUGUCUUCACUGCGGUACAAGAGGGCUAUUAAUGAUAGGCAGUACUUACUGACCGCUUACUUUGGGCCCCCAUACCCUGUGCGGAAACCAUCUCUCCCUCCUGGCCUUCCUCCUCCUCUCGGGCCGGGAGCCCAAGGGAGCGGUUUGGGGACCAGCGCCACCCACGGCGGCGACAAACGCUCACCCCGCGAAGGUCUGCGGCCUGCGAAAGCGCGCCGCUCACAGCCGGUCGCAUAAGCGACACUUCCGGGCACGAGUUCUUCCGGGGCGGAGGUCACCAUGGCGGCGUCCUUGGCUCGGCUCGGACUCCGCCCUGUUAAGCAGGUUCGGGUUCAAUUCUGCCCCUUCGAGAAGAACGUGGAGUCGACGAGGACCUUCCUCCAGGCAGUGAGCAGCGAGAAGGUUCGCUCCACCAACCUCAACUGCUCGGUGAUUGCGGACGUGAGGCAUGACGGCUCAGAGCCCUGCGUGGACGUACUGUUCGGAGACGGGCAUCGCCUGAUUAUGCGCGGCGCGCACCUCACUGCCCAGGAAAUGCUCACAGCCUUUGCCUCCCACGUCCAGACCAGGGGCGCGGCGGCGAGCGGGGACAAGCCUGGCGAUAGUACUGGGCGCUAACGGCGCAGAAGGGACCAACAAGCAGUUUUUAGCGUGAAACUGCUAAGGACACUUAUCUAAGAAAACCGUCACUUAAUAAUUUCUCAAAUCACUAUCUGGAGGGCCACAGAGCGCCCCCAAAAGAAAGAGCCCCGUGACGAUAAAUCCAACCAGUGUUUCUGGGAGGAAACAAGAUGGGGAGGGGUCUGAAGAAACUUGAAUUUAUUUCACUUUCUUACCAUCAUUCACUGCUUGACUCUUGAAUCUGGCUUCUCCCACCACUGCUCAAGAUACUUUUUCUUAUUAGAAAAUCCAGUGCUGUUUCCUCAGUCCUCAUCUUUCCAUCUCAGUAGCAUCUACCACUCUUAAUUCACUUCCUUGUGGAACUUCUUUUACUUUCAGGUCCUAUUUCUUCUCUUAACCCUAUAAGUAUACUGCUUUUCUUUCUCUUUUUUUUUGGGGGGGGGGGGACUCGAACCACCCUCUUGGGUUAACCUCUACAUUUCUGUUUGCCUCAAAUAUCAAAUCCUGUGCAAUAGUCAGGAUAUCUACUAUGAGUUUUACCCAAAUUCUACCAACACUCUUUGUACAAAAUAUAAUCUUACAUACUCUGUAUAGUUGACCCUUGAACAACUGGGUUUGAACUGCAGGGGUCCUCUUAUAUGCCUAUUUUAAAAAAUAAAUACAUACUACAGUAGAACACUUCCUGGCUUUUUCAAUCUGCGGUUGUGGAACCGUGGAUUCUGGAGGGCCAUCUGUAGAGUUAUCCCCAGAUUUUCAACUCUGUAGAGGGGUUGGGUCCCUAACCCCAACCUGACCCCCAUUGUUUAAGGGUCAACUGUACUUGCCUCCUCCCCUGACUUCUCAUUCCUUUAAAAGGCAGUUCCUCUGCUCAGCCACUUGAGUUGGAAAACCACAGCAUUAUCUCUGGUUCUGCCCCCUCCCUUUCCUGCAUAUCCAGUCAGUAAGUUCAGAAUAUUCUGUCUUAAACAGAAGCUCCUGAAAUGUUCUCUUCAUUCCCAUUCACUCUCCUGUAUCAUUGUUGCAUUCUCCCACCUGGUCUUUUUCCAAAUCAUUUUUGCUGCUGCUGCUUAAUUUUAUCUUUCCAAAGCACAUCACUGGUUUUAUAUUUUACUACUAGUUGUUUCAGAGAACAGUGCCUAAAGUACUUUUAGGUACUGUGCCUGAAGUGUUUUUCAUACGAGGUUGUCACCCAUUAAUGUGAAUCGUGAAAUCAAUUUACAGGAUUGUAUCAGAGUGUAUGGCACAUGGAAUGGGAAGUAUUCUUUAAGCAACUUAAUGUUUUAAGUAUAUAAUCAUGAAUAUAGAUAGAUUAUGUAAA